CACACACCCUCGUGCAGGGAGCUGAAGCUCGGCUCAGUCCCAGUUCCUCUCCUACUCAAGCAAGUAGCCUGCCGGUGAUCGGACUGUCGCCUGAAGCGAAGAGGCCGAGCCGGAGUUGAUUUAAUUUUACAGCCCAGUCACCCUCUCUGAAGCUCCGAUUAGUCAGCCGAGGGAGGCAAGAAGGGGGAGAGAAGAAGAAGAAGGAUAGUGAUGGCUAUGACCGACAUUGCAGAGGAUGACCUGGAUGAGAUGAUGCGUGAAGAAGCAGAGGAUGUCUUCUACGAGGACGGAGUGUCGUCACGCGUCCCAGAGAUCAUGGCGGCAGGUACCCACUCCCCCGGAGGGCCCAAUGGCAUAAUCCGGAGUCAGUCCUUCGCCGGCUUCAGUACGCUACAGGAAAGACGCUCACGGUGUAACUCUUUCAUGGGGAAUACAGCGGUGCAGAAGAAGCCUCAGUCCAAGCCCAAGAAGCCCCACCUUUCGGGUCACAAGGGGGGCAGCAGCUCCAGAGAGCCACAACCCAAAAGACUGGAGGAGGUUUACACUGCACUCAAACAAGGCCUGGAUGAGUACCUAGAAGUUCAUCAAACAGAACUGGACAAACUCAUGUCUCUGAUGAAGGACAUGAAGAGGAACUCUCGCCUGGGAGUGCUGUACGAUCUUGACAAGCAAAUCAAAACCAUUGAGAGGUACAUGAGACGUCUGGAGUUUCACAUGAGCAAGGUGGAUGAGCUGUAUGAGGCGUUCCUCAUCCAGAGCCGUCUGAGGGACGGUGCCAGCCGGAUGAAGCAGGCCUUCUCCUCAUCUCCCUCCACUAAAGGCACCAAGGAGAGCAUCGCUGAGGUCAACCGCCGGUAUAAAGAGUACACUGAGAACAUGAGCACAUUCGAGAGCGAACUGGAGAACCUUCUCGGGGAGUUUCAUAUCAAGAUGAAAGGUUUGGCCGGCUUUGCUAGACUCUGUCCUGGAGACCAAUAUGAGAUCUUCAUGCGGUACGGUCGCCAGAGGUGGAAGUUAAAAGGGAGGAUCGAAGUGAACUCCAGACAGAGUUGGGAUGGAGACGAGAUGGUCUUCAUGCCUCUCAUCACUGACCUUAUCAACAUCAAGGUGACAGAGCUGAAGGGCCUGGCCACUCACAUGCUGGUGGGCAGCGUGAUCUGCGAGACCAAGGAGUUGUUCACUGCCAUGCCUCAGGUGGUGGCUGUGGACGUCAAUGACCUGGGUACCAUUAAACUCAACCUGGAGGUCACGUGGUACCCCUUCGAUAGUGAGGACCUGACACUGUCAUCAGGCAACGUGAGCAAAGCCACAGCGCUCCAGAGACGAGUAUCAGUCUAUAGCCAGGGCACGCCGGAGACCCCCACCUUCCAGGACACCUCCUUCUUUUCCACUUUACCAGACGAUGUCUUUGAAAAUGGUGGCUGUGGCGUGGCCGAAUGCAAGCGUCUCUCCUUCACCUUCUCCGACACCUCUGGCUCUACUCCCAGCCCCAGCCCUGCCCCAAGCUCCCACUCCACAGGACAGUCCAACCCUGAGAUCACCGUCACUCCACCAGAAAUAGACCCAUCACCUUCACAAAUCUUCCCAACAAGAGGGGACUCCAUCGUAGAGGAGCAUUUAGAGGAGGAAGAGGAGGAGGAGUACGAAGAAGAUGGGGAGACGGGUAGUAGAACCAGCAGGGGCAGCAGAACCAGCGCCAGCCUCGCCAGUGACGAAGCAGAGGUUCAAGAAGAUUCGGAGUGGGAGCGCACAGAGUCCCAGCGAAACUCAGGCUCCAACUGUGGUUCGGCUGCUCCGUCCUUAUGUUCUGAUGGCCACCUGUCUACGGUGGCCCCAGAGGAUGUUUUCCUGGACCAUGCUGAUGAACUGAAACCUGUGGAGCUGGACACAGAGGAGGGGGAGGGAGGCAGCCUGACGAGGCAGCUCGUGAAGAGGCUGACUUCUUCCGAAAUCGUGCCACUGAUCGGAAGCUCCACGGAGGGUGGAGGAAGCCUGAGUUGGGCAGGGGAGGGAAGCAGGGCUUUCCUGGAGAGCAGCCUGGAAGAAGCCAUCCACAGCCUGCUGAUGAGGCUGGAGUCACUGACUCACCGCUGUAGAGAGUUGCAGGACCUGGAGCAGGAAGUGAUGCGCCUGGAGGAUCUAAUGAAGUGUCGUCUCCCGGGUCAUAGGAGCCGGUCGUCUAGCCUCAGUCUGACAGUGGAGAGCGCCCUGGAGAGCUUUGACUUCCUCAACACCUCAGACUUUGAUGAUGAGGAUACAGGAGACGAUAACGCCGUCCUCAGCAUUCCCCCGCAGAGGUCUCCGCUUUUUGAUGCAGACGGAGAGAGAAUCAGUGGCCAGCAUCCAGAAGCCAGAGGACACCUGAGCGAAGCCCUGACAGAGGACACUGGGGUGGGCAACAGUGUGGCAGGAAGCCCCCUGCCACUCACCACUGGAAACGAGAACCUGGACGUGGCUAUAGUCAUCCACCUGCAGUACUGUAAUCACCUCAUCCAGUCGUUAAGUGGCGUGGGUGUGUGGCAGCGGCGCAGUCUGCUCCUCAAACUCUCAGGUCAGACUCAGCUGUUAGAAGAGCUAGCAGAGAUCAGUGUGGACAGACUGGGAGCGAUUACAUCUGCUGCUGACGUCCUCCCAGGCCUUGCUGAGCGCCCAGAGCUGAUGACUCUUUGGUCAGAGUGCAGUGGGUCUGCAGGGCUUUUUCACACCACCCUGGACAGAGUGUUCAAACACAUGAACCAGUGCUACACGGCAGUGCUGCAGGAGAGACACCCACACAGCGCUGACACAGUGAUCAGUACAGUAGUGGGUGAGAUGAUGGACAGGAGUGACCUGGUGGCGUCACACAGUUCUCCUGCCUCUGCACUCUCCCAGGAUGUCCUGACCGUGUUUCAGUUUUACGGCUACAUCUUACAACAUGAAGUACUAGACAUGGAGACACACCUGCUGCAUCUGGGCAGAGAGGAUGUGUUUGUAGAGGUCCUGUGCAGUGGAGAUUAUUCUCAGUGUCUAGCAGAGCUGGAGCAGGUGCCCCUGUCCUCUCUGUGGCCUAAAAACAGCACCCUGAGAGCCCUGGCCUCCCUGCUCACUGCAGAGGAUCCUCAGGUCAACAAGGCAGCAGCCGACUACAUCUCCUCUGCAGCAUCACACAGCCACUUCAGGACCAGGGCAGUGGAGUGCUACACCCAGGCGCUGUCAGAGGCUGGAGUUCAGAGCCAGAGGGCAGCGUGUUCAGCUCUCAGCUAUCUGCAGGCUGUAGAGAGUAUCAGAGCUGUAGUAGCACUGUGUGAUUCAGCUGAUGAGGAGCUACGCCACGUUGCCAUAGAAACCCUGCUCACAUUUGGUGAGGAGGGGCGGCUGGCAUACGAGCAGUUGGACACAGUGCCGGGAGAAAUAGUCCGUUUGGGCGCGCGGCGAGGCAACGCCGUGACCACUGCCUUCUGAGCCAUCGUGCCGCUGAAAACAUCCCAGAUUACCAUCCAAGCCCAGCACUGUCCCUCACCUUAACCCCACCCUGCACACCUCACAGCACAGGGCUGCUAAUGACUGAUCUGCUUAUCGAUCUGCUUAUUGUUAAAGGAUGUUGGCAAGGACUUUGAGAUCACCGCCACCACGUUUGAUUACUGUUCUCACUGACACUGCCUCCUAAAAAGGAACUAACACCAAACGAACUGUCUUAAACACAAAGACACACAACCUAUACCCCUUCUGCACACAAACACACCCACACCUCCCACUUUCCUCUCCCUGCUUUCUGAGCCAGACAGACUGGUCAUGUUGGGUUUAACUGGAGAAUUUGCAUGGACAAGAUGUCGCUGAAAGCUGCUCCAAAGACUGCGGAAACUACAAUAUGAGCAAUGCAUCUUCACCCUUCAAACAAGCACAAAAUACUUAUUCAUACCACUUAUUCACUGAUCAAUUAUCACAGACAGAGUCAGUCGUUUCACGCAAUAUACUAAUAAUAAUCUUUGUAUAAUCACUGUUUAUCUCAUGCUUUAGUUGGUGGUUUUUGCGUUAAGGUGCUAAGAAACUGUUUUCUUGCGCUUUUGGAGAAUUUGCACUGUUGUAAGGCAUGUAAAUAUGGCAUAUUUUACACGGCCGGUGUAAUGUAUGUGGUUGUAUUCAAAAUGUAUAUUUAAAUUCUGUUUUCUAGUACGUUCCAUUUUGGGUUUCAGGGAUUCUUGUAUGGUUGGAAGAUGCGCGUGUUUCGGGGCAGGACGUUGAGAACGGCCUCUGAGAGAAAAUGAGGUAACGUGGUUAAAGAGCCUAAAGAGUUUAACAGCAGUUUACAGUCUUCUACAGAUUUAGACCUCAGUUAUCAGUGGAGGGACAGAACAAAGUAGAAGAGUGGAGAUGAAACUGGUCGGCAUGGCGCCCAACAUUCACUCGCUCAGCAGUUUUCUUAUACUUGCAGUUUAACAAGUGCAAUUUUUCUGUACAUAUGCGACUCUUUUGCAUCUCUCUCACUUGACAGCUUUGACCAUUUGAGCCUUGAUAUGGUCGAGCAGGCGGGUUAAUACUCUUUUUGUAAAUGUAUUUUUGUCCUACCAUGCACGGAGCCAGUCGAGGGCAAUAAAUUCUGUUUAGGAUUGCAUGAGAAUGCACUUUCUCAAUAUAUCUGUACAGAGAGGAGGUUCCUGUGGGCUGAGAGGAAGGCGUCGCCUCAGUUGUGGCCAGCUGCACAUUCGUAGUGAGCUCAAAGAAUUAGAAAUGAAUCUUUUAUUAUGAGAAGUGGCAGAAUGAAGUGUUUUGCUUUCUCGGGUCUGCUCUGGUUUGGGGAAAACUGACCCGAGGAAAGCGUCUAAUUCCACCCUGUCUCACUGUAACCGUACUACUGAGUCUGGUGCUAAUGCACAAUGACAAAACUCACAUUUGUUCACACACACAUUAUUUAUUAUUCACUCCAUGUAAUUCUAAUAUUCUCUGGAGUUAAACUGUACUAGAUGACAUUAUGUUAUGUAAAUGAAUUGUGUAUUUAUGUUCUAUUUUUGAUCAGGUCUAGUAUUUGAAAUAUUGUUUAUCGUUUAAAAAGGCCUCCGUGUUAUUGCCAUGCAGCUGAUCUCAUGCUUAACUUUAAUUGGAGUUUAUUUUGGAUGAAUUAAAAUAGAUUAUUAUUUUGGAGAAGAUUAAGAUUUGCUAAUAAUAGAUUUUGCUAUUAUAGAUUUUUUCCCUGAAAAGGUUCCAAAUGUAAUGGGACAUUAUAUACUAGAAAUGUUACUUUAUUACUUGAGACUUACUAUAACCAAAGGAAGAAUUAAUUCUUAAAAUUGUCUUUUAAUAAGCGCUCAUAAUUCAUCAAGGAGAAUGUAUUUUCAAUACCACAUUAGCAUUUUGGCCAGACUUACCUUAAGCACAACUGAAAAAUCUGACAAAUCCAUAAUAUGAAUCUUGUUACAUUUGGUUCUAACCGCACAGUCAAAAAAGCCAUAUUAAAAACAAGUGGUAAUAUUUUUAUGAAAUGUAUUUUCUUUUGUAUUAUAAUCUGUAAAUGUGUGAAGUUGCUACUAAAAGCUAAAGAUGCAUUUUUUUUUCUAUUCAGAUUUUUGCAAAAACAUGGUCCACAUUUUACGUAACAGUUACUUUUAUUUCUUCCAUGAUGUGAAUAGCAUUACAGUAUUUUAGUAUCCAGUUCACCCACUUAGUCUGUGUCUGUUCAUUUCUUUUGAGUGAGCUUCUUUCUUUUUAUAAACUUGCAGUUGACCAGUGUUAAAUUGAUUUGUUGGCUGUUCAAUUCUUAAAUCACCGCAAAAGUACAAGUUGGCAAAAUGUGCACAUCUUUAAUCAUUUAGAGACUGUUUUUAAGAAUAACUUGGUACAAUUUGCUGAAAUUGAACUUUAUUCAUCUGUGGUCAAGAGCUUCAGUACUGAUCCAUUUAGUUGCAUACUACUCUUCUCCAUUGUGGUGAGCAGUAUUUCCUCUGCUCAUCAAAAGUUGCAAUAAAGUUUAUUUUUGCAUAA